AUGUCAUACGACCAGCUAUCCUCGCUCGAAGCGGGCCGAUCGGGUCGUCAAGGCAACUACUCCGACGACCCCGAGUUCAAGCAGCUCCAGUCGCAGUUGACGAACAAGAUCUUCAACCUGAGGCGCAACAUUCAACAAUUGACAUCCGACGUCAACAUUCUCGGAACCAAGCGCGAUACCGCUCGAGUCAGAGAAAGAGUACACGAUCACCUCGACAAGACGCGGGAUCUAUGCAAGGAGAUUGGAGACGGGGUCAAGAAGCUUCAGACCUGGGAUGACUUGACGAAACAACAAAAGUAUGACCAGUCCAGAGUGUCGACGGACUUCCAGAACGCACUCCAAGAGUUCCAAGACAUCCAGCGCAAGGCGCUCGAGAAGCAGCGAGCCUCCGUCACAGCCGCACGCGCGGCGCAUGACGGUGAAGGAGCCGACGCCUCGGCAGGUACCGAGGGUCAUCUUGAACAACAGCAGCAGCAGCAACAGGAAGCCGUGCGAUUAGCGUCCCAGGACGAGGUGGAUUUCCAGGAGGCACUGAUUGUCGAGCGCGAGGAGGAGAUUCGCAACAUUGAGCAAGGCGUUGGCGACUUGAAUGUCUUAUUCAGACAAGUAGCGCAGAUCGUGUCUGAGCAAGGCGAGCAGCUCACUUCGAUCGCGGACAACGUGGAAGACGUCCGGGAUGACACCCGGGGCGCCCAGGUCGAGCUCAGACAGGCGGCGAAGCAUCAGAAAGCAGCACGCAACAAAGGAUGCUGUCUUUUGCUGAUUCUUGCGGUCAUUCUGACCAUCAUCCUUCUUGCGAUUUUCCUUGAUUAG